AUGUCCAGGAGCAGAGCCAGGUCCAAGGCCAAGGAACUCCUGAGUUCUGGAGGCACCACGCCUACACCAACGGAAGGUCUAACCCUAGUCAGGGACCCAGCAACGCCCACAAGGCAAGACAACAGCGUCUGUGACGAGUCCGCACCAGACCUCACCUUCACUAGGAACAUACAAUCCAUAAGAUUGCUAAAUACACAGGAAGACCUGGGGAGCCACCACUCCAUAAUAGAAAUCCAGCUCAAUGGAAGCCCCGACAAACCCACUGGUAAUCAACUCAAGAUGGAAACACCGAGUCUUCACAUCACGCGGGAGCUCUUCAUCACAGUCGUAAUUCUGCUUCUCAUUCACUGGCUCAUAAAAAGAAGAGACCACUUCAAGUUCUUCGAGAAGCUCGGCAUACCUGGGCCAACGCCGAACAUCUUACUCGGCAAUGUAUUUGAGAUGUACCGUAAGUCACCUGCCAGAGCUUAUCGAGAAUGGAUACAGAAGUACGGCGACACUGUCGGUUUUGCCUCAAAAACUACGGGCCUCGAUUCUCUAAACAUAUUGGUUUUUGUGUGCCCCGCCGUCUCGGCUUAUCGUGACGUCUCCUUCUGCCCGCGACACUUCUCGCAGCUCCUGUUCCAGGCUAAGCGCCCUCCUAGCCCACACAACAAAAGUCUCUUCCAGCUCACGUCAACCAGAUGGAAGGAAGUGCGGAGCGUCCUUACACCUUCGUUCACCACCAACAAGCUUCGACUCAUGUCUCCGGGCGUCAUCUCAGCCGUGGAGAAGUUGGUUUUCAAGAUCGACCGCAAGGCGAGGACGGGAGAGGAGUUCGAGGCUGGCGAGAUGUACGCCGCUCUGGCCCUGGACGUGAUCUGCAAGAGCGCCAUGGGCAUCGACUACAACCUGCAGGAACACCCGCGACACCGAUUCCUGGUGUGCUGCCGUCUUUUGUUCGGAUGCGCCUUCUCCGUCAUCGCCGUCCUGCUCGCUGCAUUCCCUGGCUUAGCUGCUCUGCUACAAUUCGUCAACUUUCGCCUGCUGCGCUUCCAAAACAAUGGCGUUCACCCCUUUGCUGAAGUGCAAGAAAAAUGCAAACGAAUCGUUACCGAGCGACAACUUGAUUCUUCGCUCCGUCGCAAGGACCUGCUGCAGCUAAUGAUCGACGCCAAGGAUUCCCGCGUUGACGCAGGCUCGGUAACGUCUACCCAGCUUACAGCUGCCGAAGACAACGACGAAGAACUCCCCAGUGAAGCCAAGAGCGGAAUUGUGAACGGCAAGCUACCCGGAGUUUUCAACAAGGCUGUACUGGAUGACGACGACAUCACGCAAAAUGCGUUCGCCAUACUCGUAGCGGGGUUCGAGACCACGAGCAACACAAUGUCCCUGGUGACACACAUGCUCAUACAUCAUCCGGAAGUUCAAGAAAAAGUGCGGAAGGAGCUGCUCUCUGUCCUGGAUGAUGACGAGCCAAUCACAUACAGCACCAUUCAGAAGCUGCCCUACCUGAACUGCGUUAUUCUAGAGACCAUCCGGCUCUACCCUCCGGCCUUCGCGUUUGUGACCCGCGAGGCGGUGAGAGACAAACAGUACGAGAAGUUUCAGAUUCCGGCCGGGACUGUUGUCAUGGCGGCCGUCGAGUACAUCCACAGGGAUGCGCGACACUGGGAACACCCGGACCGAUUCGACCCGGAAAGGUUCCUGCCUGAGAACAAGUCGCGUAUCAACACCAUGGCCAUGCAGGCUUUCGGCAACGGCCCACGCAACUGCAUCGGCAUGCGCUUUGCACACAUGGAGUUGCGGUACACGUUUGCACACAUACUGCGGAAGUACCGGCUCCAGAAGACCGAAAACAGCGAGAAGGACCCUCCGAGCAUAGAGAUGAACCCGAUCAUCCUGAAGAUCAAGAAUGGCGUGAAGGUCAAAGCUGUUCCCCUAUGAUUAUAGUGACCGAUGCAAGCACCAGACUAUGAGAUGUCACUGUGACACGAAACCCCUUGCGUCGCACAACCUUCGUGUUGAUUCAUUUUAGUGCGACGAACUUAGAGUUGUGGGUGCGUCAAUGCAUAAAAAAAUAACAUUUUACUUCUGUCAACAAAAAAAAAGAAAGUAUUUGGCAGGAUACUUCCGGCUUUUAAAGCUGCAGCGGCGUCACUAGGUAUAUAACCAUCUAUUUAUUUGUUACGUCGCUACAGCGGCAGUUUGCAAACCUUCAUUUAUGUUGGGUAAAAAACCAGCUUUCUUACCUUUUUCGAAAGCAGACUGCCUAUAAAUAAAUCCUUUUCUAACUUAC